AUGGAAAGAAGAUAUGCCGGAGGAAACAAACUUGCAAGGACGAAGUCCGAGUCUGUAGACACACCUACCUCGCCGGCGAGGAGCACCCGUUCCCGAGCGGACGAAUCAUUCGUCUCACCCACAAGGGUCUCCUUCGAUGAAACUAGUAACGGCACUGAUGUCCGACGGCGUAGCUCAGCGACCUCUAGGCGGAGCGUGUUACCCAGUCUCGUACCACGGACCACGCUCGCAGAGAGGACUCAGGGGGAGUUCAUUGUCACUGGCCCUGACGAGACAACUCAGUUGCGACUUUCCCACGAACCAUUCGUCCAACCAGGUUACAUCGACCUGAACCCUUCCUACGAGCAACCUGCCAACGCCAAGCCAGUAUGGAGUUUGGCAAAACCGUUGCCUCGAGUGGUACGGCCGGGCAUGGUACCAACCAAAGCGAAGCUGUUGGAAAACCAUGCCUCUGCUCAGCUUCCAGCGGAGAAUUCGCAGAAGCUCGGGCUUGACAUUGACCCCAAUGAUAUCGAGAGGGGCCAGAUCCAGAAGUUCGCUGAUCCACGGAAGAUUUCGGCGCAAGUUGAGGAUGCUCGCUUGCAACGUGAGAGCAACAUAAUGAACAAAAUCCUUAGCGGUGGUGCUGGAUCUAGCCGAUUAUCUCGUACUUCGUCAAUGCGCGGGAGACAACCCUCCGAGUGGCUUUCACCUAAUGCAGCAAAGCUGUCCUCUGUCGAGGAAGGGGAGGAUCAGCAUCAGCCUCCGAGCGAAGAGCCUCCGCAGGACUUGCGCGAGGAUAAUUUUACAAUAGGUAGUCUUGACUUUGAUCACGAGGCUUUACCUGAGGAUCUACAUCCCCUUGUACAAGGGUUGAUUGAGGAAGAGGGCUUUGCCACUAUGUCGGGAAUCUACAUCUCCGGAGGUGUUUCUGGUGCGCACCUCAACCCGUCUAUCACUAUCAUGUUGUGGUUCUAUCGUGGCUUCUCAAAACGGAAGAUGCCAGAGUAUUUCAUAGCACAGUUCGUCGGGGUCUUUUGCGCUGCGCUCACCGCGUACGGGAUCUAUUACCAGUCAAUUCAGCACUACCUCAGUAUCGACACAAAUACGGAUACCGGCAUUAUCAACAGCUUUGUAACUAAUCAGCGCGAAGCCUGGAUUGGGCCUGCCACUGCCUUUUUCAACGAGUUUUUAGGAACCAUCGUGUUAACCACCACUAUUCUUGCCCUUGGUGACGACCAAAACGCCCCUCCCGGUGCUGGAAUGAACUCUCUCAUUAUCGGGCUCGUCAUCACCUGUUUAAUGAUUAGCUUCGCUUACCAGACUGGCGCUGCAUUCAACCCAACCCGUGACUUUGGCCCACGCCUUGCCCCUCUGGCACUUGGCUACGGCAGAGACCUCCUUUCGAAUCCGUAUUGGUUUUAUGGGCCGUGGGUGGGUACCAUAAGUGGUGCCUUCGCUGGUGGCUUCUUAUAUGACUUCAUGGUUUUCACCGGCGGCGAGUCCCCAGUCAAUUACCCUCUAGAGAGGACUCAGCGGGCGAUGAGAAAGAGCCGCAUGAAAUGGAAACGUCGACUGCAUCUAAGGGAGAAAGUAAAAGCAUAA